AUGAAGCAGACAACCACGGCGACGGUACUCGCGGACAACACGGCGAACGUGCCGACGACUUUAGUCUCUUACUUGCAACGACUGAAAGCUUUGGACGAGACGUCCGCAUCUGUCAGCGAUAAAGUGCACUCGGAGGUGGAAACUUUCGUUUUACGAGCUUUAGAGACAACAAAAACGAAUCAGACGACUGGGAAGGACGACGACAACAACAUCAACAACAAAAAACGGAAAUUGAACGACGUGGACGAACAAGACGACGACGAUUCAGACGAAGAGAGCAGGAAGAAAAAGAAAGAACUUCUCGAGGAACGCAUCGACAAGAGCGUGAAAUUAUGCCUGGAAAUCGCGGACGAGAAGUGCGCUUUAGCGGCUCGAGCGUACGAUUUAGUCGACGAACACAUCACAAAGUUGGACAAAGACUUGAGAGUGUUCGAGGACGAAGCGAGGAACAACACGAACGCGAAUCCAAAAAACAAACCGAACGCGCAAGGAGGACAAAACGAUAAGAAGAAGGAUCAAGUCGGGUCGCCGUAUUACGUGAACGAGGCCGAUCCGAACGAACCGACGUACUGUUAUUGCAAACGCGUGAGUUUCGGCGAGAUGGUUGGCUGCGAGAACGAUAAAUGUAAAAUAGAAUGGUUUCACUUUUCGUGCGUCGGGUUGGACCCGACCGUAAAGUUGAAAGGGAAAUGGUAUUGCAAAGAGUGUAAACUGAAUAUGAAACUCAAGAAGAAAUAA